AUCAAACGAGCCAAUCACGGCGCACGUAACCGCGCACACACAGACAGUGAAAGAGCUCGUGCUCCGUUAGAGACUGAAGCCUGCUCGUGAGAACAAUGGGAGUAACCGUCGAGACCAUUAGACCCGGAGAUGGAAAGACCUUUCCCCAGAAAGGAUCGAAAGUUACCGUGCACUACGUCGGCACGUUGACGAAUGGAGCGCAGUUCGACUCUUCCAGGAAGCGGGGGAAGCCCUUUGAGUUCAACAUCGGACAGAGUCAAGUCAUUCGUGCUUGGGAUGAAGGUGUAGCUCAGAUGAGCGUUGGCCAGCUGGCCAGGUUGACCUGCUCUCCGGACUACGCGUACGGCGAGAGAGGAUUCCCGCCCCUCAUCCCAGCGAAUUCCACUCUCAUCUUUGAAGUGGAGCUGUUGCGCUGCUGAGUGUUUUUAAAGUUUCUCAUUCCACCCACAUCUUUGACACAAAUAAUGGUUUGAUUAAAGGUGCUGUCAGUAGCAUUUCUAAACAUUAAUAAAUCAUUGUAGAAAAAUUGCUGAUAUCUUGGUAUGAUUGACACAAGUGGAGAGAAAAAACACACAGGACCGUCAUAAUCCAGAUGUAUUGUUGGUGCUAAGAUAACACUUGGACCAAAUCCAUGAAGAAAUCAUACAACAUUUUGGAUUUAUUUUUUAUUUUUUAUGUGGCCUAUAUUCUUACAAUUGUCUGAAAAAAUCUAUGGCUUAUCCUUCAGCUGUAAGAUAGCACAUCAGAUACAUCAUGAGAUAAGAGCAAACGACACAUGAACAUUAGAAAGGUGUUCAUAAAUCUAUUUCAGGGUCUGGAAAGUAACGAAAUGAUCAUCGGUGUGAAAAAUGCACGUGAAACACCUUUUUAAUGAAGCGCUUAUUUGUGUUUUCAAGCCUGUAUCUAUCCCAUUGAGGUGGCUGUUUUGAAACUUUGACACAAUGUAAAGCAGCACUCCCUGUUUGUGUUUCCAUUUCUGGUGUGAGGAACAGAUUUUGAAUCCCAUCCCUUGUACUAUGUUCUUGGGUUCUUUUUGUUAAGGUCCUCAAGUGUCCUUGUAUUGUGGCAUCAUGUUUCUGUGGUGUUUUAUUUCAUUAUUGUGCCAUCCUUAAAAAAUUGUCCUAUCAGUGGGUAUUCCAUUAAAAAGAAAGAAUCCAA